AUGUUAAAAAAAGUUAACGCGGCAGGCAGAAGAUUAGGCUUGAGAAGUGGAGCUAGCCUCCCAGACAUAAGGGAACAAGAAGAACAGUACGACCAGGAAGCGCAAGAACCUCAAACCUCAAGCACCAACAUGAACCAUUUAGACUCUGGUAACGCUUCGGGCUCCAUCAGCCCCACGGUUAGCAACUCGUUGACUAUCGUCAACACUAACCUAAGCCCUAAAGAUAUAUUGGCAUUUGUUCAACAUUUGCCAACCUACGAGGGCCCCUCCGACAACCUGGAAAAUUUCAUAACCAGUGUCGAGGAAUUAUUAAUACUUAUUCGGUCCGUGGACCAGACGCCGUACGGCCAAAUGAUCCUCAGGGCCAUCCGGAAUAGGGUAAAGGGCAAGGCACAUGAAGCAUUGACCCUUUGUGGUACACCACUCAUCUGGGACGAAAUCAAAGCAAACCUUAAACGAUUGUACACUAGCAAGAAGACAGAGGCUAUAUUGAUUCGCGAAAUUCAAACCUUACCAACCGGACUCUCCAUUAACAAACUAUUCUUCGCGAUAGCAAAGUUGAGAGGGCAACUGGUGUCAUUGACUAAUGAUCCAAACCGUGAUGCCCAAAACCCCACGGCAAAACACGCCUUAUACUCCGACAUCUGCCUCAACGCAUUUAUUGUCGGACUAAACGGUCCACUAAAAACAAUAAUUAGAUCCCGAAAUCCGGAAUCCAUAGAAAAAGCUUACGAAAUGGCACAAAUAGAACAGAAUUUUUACUACCAAAACUCUAACGGUCAGCAGAAUAAUCAUCACCACGAGAAUUCUAACGACCUACGUAAUAAUCAUCGCCGUGAUAAUUCUAAUGAUCAACAAAAUUAUCGCCACCGCGAAAGUUCGGGCGACCGAAACCGCCCGUAUCAACGUAACCAGCAGAAUCAGAGACAAUCAAGCAACAACAACAACAAUAGGAGAAACGACACGCGACAACAAUCCCAAAACCGACAAGAGACCCAUUCGUCUAGGACCCAGAACCCAUUCCGAAAUAAUUCUGGAUCAAACGACAAUACCCCUACUGCCUCUUGCAACAUCAACGAUGGCGCAAAUUUUUACAAGAAGCCUCGGACAACCAGUCGGCUUCUUAAACAAAAAAUCCCAUGGAAAAUCUUUACCUUAUGUCCUGUUAUCUUCAAAAUCCUUGACAACAAACCCGCAUAA